AUGUGUACAAUUUGUAAACAGCCCUGCCCGCAAGAAACCUUUUCAAAGAGUCAACUCCUCGCCCUGCGCAACGCCGUGGCGUCCCAGGGCUACCAGUUCUUAAACCUGCAGGAUAUUGCCAAAUGUACCCCCUGCGCCAGUUCUGUGAUUUGCGAGCGCAAGUGCCACCUCUGUGGUCGCUUCCAGGGCAUUGACGACUUCUCCCGGAACCAGCGGACGCGCGAACACCCAAUCUGUUUCCGUUGCAUGAACUUCAGCCAUGCAGAUGAAGUUGAGACCCUCGAAGCUGCCAUCGAUUCCGCGCCGCAGUGUGACAGUGCCACCGACGACCCGCACUCCAGAAAUCAGAGUCUGUUGGAGGAGAACACUGUAUGUGGUGGCUUUCAGACCAUCUACCCAGGCUAA